AUGGUGGCCAGCUGGGGCCUUGGAAGAGGCUGGAGGAUAGGACCCAUGUCAGCCACCAGAGUCAGUCAACCCGAUCCCUGGAGCGUGGUGGCCACCCGGGGCCUUGAAAGAGGUCAGAGGAUAAGACCCAUGUCAGCCACCGGCUAGUGCACCCGAUCGUCAUGGCCUUGGCUUCGAAGAGACGGGACCUCAGGAGAGGCUGAAGUACAGGACCAAUGCCAGCCACCAGAACCAGUACACCCGAUCAUCGGGCCCAGCUUCGGAGAGCCGGGGCCUUAGGAGAGGGCUGAAGGACAGGACCCAUGCCAGCUACCAGAGUCAGUCCACCCGAUCCCUGGAGCAUGGUAGCCAGUGGGGGCCUUGGAAGAGGCCGGAGGAUAGAACCCAUGUCAGCCACCAGAAUCAGUCCACCCGAUCCCUGGAGUGUGGUGGACAGUCAGGGCCUUGGACAAGGUUGGAGGAUGGGUCCUCGGUUGUUUGGAUCAGGUGA